ACAAGUCUGUGAUUACAGAGUUACCUCCCCUCAGCACUGGGACACGAUGGCGGUGUCGAUACGCCAAGCCAAAGCGUUACUGAGAAAAGACAUGAAGACAAAACUGUCAGCUGUACCAGACCGACUCAAAGUUAUUCAGUCCCAGAUUGUCAUAAAAAAGGUCCUUGCACUACCAGUCUUCCAGACCAGCAGGCGAGUGUCUGUCUACCUUAGCAUGAAGAGUGAGGUCAGUACAGAUGCGCUGGUGCAACACGUCCUCAACUCUAACAAGGCUUGCUUCAUCCCACGUUACGACGGUGUUGGGAUGUCCAUGGUGCGACUGGCGUCAUGGCAGGACUACCAAGACCUUCCGGAGACUAAAUGGAAGAUUAAACAACCCCCCGUUGACGAGGUGCGAGAAGACGCUCUGGACUCAGGUGGUUUGGAUGUCAUCUUGACCCCGGGCGUGGCCUUCACCCCCCAAGGAGUUCGUUGCGGGCAUGGCAAGGGUUACUAUGACAACUACCUACGUCAGUGUGAGGAGAGAGGCCACAGACCUGUCACGGUUGCCCUUGCCUUCCGGGAGCAGAUCUGUGCAGACAUCCCGGCUACGGAGGCAGACAGAAACAUCGACUAUGUCAUCUACCCCACCAGUACGGAAAUACAAGAUGCUCUCAAGGACGUAACAUGACUUUCUAAACAAAUACACUUUUAGACACUUAUCAGGAAGCUUUAUUUUUGUAUCAUCACAGGAAGUUGUUGAACUGCUCAUAUUUAUGAUCUGUUGAUUGAUGGUUGUGGAAUAAACACAAAUGAAGUGGAAUUGUUUGAAAUAAGUUUCGUUGUACUUGAUAUUUAGAUAUGCCUGCUCUGGCAUAAGUUUUAUCAAGAUUUUUAAAAAAAUUCUAUUUAGUAAUGUUGAAAAAAGUUAUCCUAUAAUCCUUAUUGUUUUUAGUGGGUUAUUUGUAAGUCCCUAUCCCAAGAAAGAUUCAUAUUCAGAGCUAUAAUCUGUUUGUUUAGACAAGGUCGAGAGACAGUAGUCCUGCUUGGCCUAGGGUGGAGGUGCUAGUCACUUCAGAAUGUGUACACACAUCUGUAUUGACAUACACAACAUAGACCUAGUGUGUAUAUCCAUGAAUGUGGUUUAUCAAGAUAUAUGUCUGAGAUCCCAGUCACUUCAGAAUGUGUACACACAUCUAUAUUGACAUAAUGUAUUCAUCCAUGGAUGUGGUAUAUCAAGAUACAUGUAUAUGUUAACAUCAACCUAUAUAUCAAGUGAGAAUGCAAUGCUUGGCUCGCCUCACCCUGCAGUAUUAGUUAGUGGUGUUAGGAAGAAUGCAUCUUAUUAACUCACGCUCAUGUAACUGCAGCUUUAGCCUCCAGUUAUAAACAUUUGCUGUUCUUGUGAAUUGCAUUACAUAUUUCUAUUACUCUUUGAGAUUCAAAAUGUACAAUUUGUUGAAAUAAACUCUGAUUUGUGAUGA